GCUAAUAUGGUGAAAACCAAGAACAUGCCUCCAACCAGGAGUGUGCACCAAUCUCACGCUGGACCUAGCACUGGCAGGGAUCUCCAUGAAAGUGAUGAUGAUGAUGAUGCCUUCAUGGAACCCCCGCCAUGGCGUCGUGUGCUCAAGAAACAAUGCACAAAUGCAAAUGUAGCAGCCAAUGCAACUGCGAAGACUACCAAGACUCUAGUAAAGUAUGCUCAUGCUCCAACAGUUCGCUGCGCCCCUUCGACAUUCAACAAAUUUGUUGACAACUUGACCCUCAACCAGCGUAUAAAGAUGAGAUGGGUUUUGGUGGCCUCCUUGGUAUAUCUGCAGAGAGGAUAGGAAGCAGAGAACUAUUGAAGUUCUUGUUCGACAGGCUAGACCCCAACAGCAUGGUAAUCGAACUUGGCAAAAAUAGGGGAAUCCAUGUGACUCCCUUUGCCGUGAAGCAAGUGCUCGGCAUACCAGAUAGUGGUGAAGAUCUACCUCUACAAACAAACAACCAUGCAUCCAAGGCUCUGUCCAAACUCAAGAUUAUGUUGGGUCUUGAAGAAUCACAGGACCUUCACGCGAGCCAUCUCCAAAAGAUCUUGAAGGAUGAUUUAGAGCUGUGCUCUAAUUUAAUUGAUGAUGAAAUGGCAAUAAGAUUUUUCUUUAUCAUUGCUUCUAACAAGCUCCUAUUUCCUAGCAUAGAUAACAACAUCAGAUGCAAGGAUAUUUACCUGACUAGGGACUUGCCUCGUUUAUCGGAUAUGAACUGGUGCAAGGCGGUUGUGGAUGACCUUAGACAUGCUGCUCAUGCAUAUCAUAUUGACAAGACAAAGAAAGGGACACCAUCGCUCCCUGGAUGUGCUAUAUUACUGAUUAUCGAACACAUGAACACUCCUCGUGCAAAGUACUUCGAUCAAAAUGUUAUACAAAAGAUCACUUCUUCUGAUAGGACCAAGGACCAACAAGGGAAGGCUACGUUUGGGUUAUUACUGGUGAGUUCUAUUACUCAGUUUCUGUACAUUUUUUAA